AGCGCAAAGUCCCGAGAAGGGCACCCUAGUUUUUUUGGAAUGGCGACGACGACAAUGACGGUGGCUUCGCCACCGGAGUAUAGCAAGAGCAGCCUUAGCACAGGUACAGGCACCGCCGGAAGGGUCGUGCUGAACGUGUGCCCCGAUGGUCACCUGCUCAUCAAUAAGGUGGUCACCGGCGGGCUGUUUGGCCUGAACCUCAAGCGCUGCGUGCGCUGCAACGAGCAGCUGAAAACGGGCUUUCGCCGGCACAGCUGCAAGCUUUGCGGGUUCCACCUCUGCGAGUCGUGCUGGACGCUGUGGAUGGGCAGAGAGGCCCCGAAGGUGCUGCUGGGCUCCACGCCGACCACCAAAUCCUCCCCCAUGAGGGCGAGCAGCAGCACCAGCAUGGUGACGAAAUCGGCCACAGUGGUGCCUGCCUGCAAGUAUGGCGCUGCCUGCUACCAGAAGAGCUCCUGGCAUUUGCAGCAAUUUGCGCACCCGGGCGACCGCCACUACCGACACGGCCUCGUGUCCUUCAGCAGCGGACAAUGUCCCGAGUUUCAGAGCCUUUGGCAGCUUUUCCAGUAUCACGACAGAGCAGAGUCUGGGCACUUGGACAGAGAGGAGUUCGCCCUGGCCCUCCACAGCUGCAGCCUGUUCCACAGAGAUCUUCCGCCACUAGAGGAGGCCUGGGAAACAGCUGGGGGGCCCUGCACGGGCUUCGUGAACUUCAGCGAGUUCGCGCACUUUGCGGAGUCGCUGAGCCUGGCGCUGCCGCUGGGCUUGGAGCCCAAGGGAGCGCCGCGGCCUUGCAGGUUCCGAAUCCGGCUGAUCAACAACGGAGAGGACGGAGACGAGGAGUAUACCUGCAGCUGCUCAUGCUUCGAUGCGGACAAGCGUUCGGAAGGGAUGAUCUGCCGCUGCGGUCAUAAGCUGAGCAUGCACCGGUCCGAUUAUGCAGAGGACACCUACAGCAGCAUUUGCGCGCCUCCGCUCGCGUGGCUGCCAGGGUGUGAGGGCCUGGUGGAGGUUACGAACCAGGAGCUGCUAGGACGCCUCCAGAGCAUGCUGAACAGCAGCCACAAGAGUCAUGACAACUGGACAAGGGACAGAGGUUGCAGGCUGCACGGUGUGCACGGCUGCUCUUGGGCUUGUGCUGCCAAGAAUCGUUGCCCUGUGCCCAAUGGCUUCAUGCUGCAAGCAGCUUACAGGAAUCAGAGCCCUGAGUUGUGGCGAAGGUACUGCUUGCUGAAGCAAGCGAUUCGCUCCGAAUGUGCGCGGGGCGAGGAGUUUCCGCAGCCCUCUCUGCUAAGCGCCUCUGACCUCGAUGAGCCUCUGGACAAGGACUGCAAUGAAUGGCGCUGCUUCCAUGGCAGCGCGCCGGUUAACCUCCGGGGCAUUUGCGCGUCCAAUUUUAAGCCCGCAAAGGCGGGUACAGGCGCCACCUGGAAGGAUGCCGGGGCUUCGAAAGGCACACCUUUGUACGGCUUCGGCUUCUACUUUGCGGAGCGCAUCACUAAGGCCGAUGAGUACGCGCGGCCAAUGCCAGAUGGUGACCACGAGGGCCUUUUCGCAGUACUGGUUUGCCGAGUGGUGGGUGGCCGCACCAAGGUGGUGACCAACAAUGAUAUCGACGUGGACGGGCUUCGGGGCUCUGUUUUCGAUGGCCCGUACCACUCUGUCUUCGGCGACCGUGUCGCGACGCUAGGAAAGCCCUACCGUGAGGUGGUUGUCUACGACAAGGACCAGUGCUAUCCGGAAUUUCUUCUCCUGUAUCGCCGCGAUUUCAGCUGAGAGUGAAGGUGACUGGCACUGGAGGUGCCGGUUGUGGAUGCAGGAGGUUUUCCUUUCUUCAAUGCCUUUUCUACUGCUGUUGUACAGAUUCCAGCGAGCACUGGCAUGCAACUACGGACGCGAGCCAGCGCAACCUAUUACAAAAUGGCACGCCAUGGCACGCGUAGCAUUGUUUGCACGGCAUGUUCCACUUCCCAAUUCAUGCCGGAUUUGAAGUCUGCCAUAUUUUCUGCAUUUUACUGGCCGAGUCUUGCUUAAUGGA